AUGGGUAUUCCACAAAAGUCAACACGUACGAAGACCAGAAGACGUUUGAGGGAUGUCGACCAGGUCGCGGCAGACAUUCGCUCCCCCAAGCAUCUUCAGCAACACAAGUCAACUAAGGCCUCUGAAGAUCUUCCCGGUCUAGGUCAAUUCUACUGCGUCGAAUGCGCCAAAUGGUUUGAGAGCGAGCAUAGUUUGGUCGGGCACCGUAAAGGAAGCACGCACAAGCGAAGACUAAAGCUGCUAAAAGAAGGGGCAUAUUCCCAACAGGAAGCAGAGGCUGCUGUGGGCCUCCGGACAGAUAAUGGACCACGACAAGCCGCGAAGGAGAAAACGCAAGACAUGGAAGUUGAGAUGGAGAAUUCAGGCUUGAUUGAGGAAGUGGUUGCGACAUGA